GACUCAUGCUUUCUACUAUGAAAAUACUGAAAUCUCCACCAAACCCCUUAUCAUUAUAUUUUUUUCAUGAUAAAUCACUACAGAACAAACAACUUUUUGGGUUUUUCUUACAUUGUUUAUUAUUGUGUAUUGAAAAUAUGCGUGAAUAUAUGUUCUGUUUGACUAAAAUAUGUUCAAUUUUUAUAUAUUUAAUGCAUUCAAACAAAAUGUUCCUCAUUUAUUUAACAGAGAAUGGACGAUAUCACAAUUUCACUGUCAAAUAUGCACCAAUCACCAUUCCAUGCAUAAUUUUUUAUGUUAUCCGUUUUUAUCAUGAUUCAUUAAUGUCAUUUUAUCAUAGUAAAAAAAUCAUUCAUUCAAUGAUGAAUAUUAAGAUCGUGGUAUUACUAAGAAGAAGUACUAUUAUUUUAAUUGUACACCUUUAUCCUAUGAAUAAUUUUUAAAGAUAAUAUGCUCAUUGUUAU